AUGACAUCUCCCGCCACCGUCGACACCCGGGUCGAGGACCCCGAGUACCCUGGAACCAUCACCUUGGUCGAUUUCACGGGCACGGUCCACGCAAAGCACAGCGCUGCGCACAAAGAGAUCGUCCUCAAUCCGACUCCCAGUUCCGAUCCAGAAGACCCCCUCAACUGGAGCCGGGCUCGAAAAUGGAGAUCCACGGCAUGUGCUCUUUUCUACACCUGGUGUGUGUGCGUCUCGUCGUCGGCGUGUUAUUCCGUCUUCAGCCCCAUCAACGCCGAGAGUGGAAUCAGUUUCACUCGCUUGAACGAGGGCACGGGCUACAUGUAUCUGCUGUUUGGCUGGGGGUUGCUCCUGUGGCAGCCGGUCGGCUUGGUCUUUGGAAGGAGAGGUGUCUACCUGAUCUCGCUGCUGGGAACUGCCAUGUUCAACGUGUGGGCGGGCUACUGUAAAACCAACGGCACCUGGGCUGCCAGCAGGACUCUCAUCGGCUUCUUCGGCGCCCCUAGCGAGGCUCUGGUGGAGAUCACCAUGGCUGAUCUGUGGUUCACCCACGAGCGAGGAACCUUCAUGGGCCUGUAUGUCAUGUGCUUGUUUGGUGGACAACUCGGCUGCGUGCCGGCAGGAUUCAUCAACGACUCGCAGGGAUGGCCGUGGGUUCUUUUCUGGUGCGCCAUCCUCAAUGCCAUUGGCUUCGGCGUCUGUUUCUUCUUCAUGGAAGAAACAAAGUACACCCGCCAUGUCGCCGAACCUGUCGCUAGCUCGUCGACGUCUCAGGACGAUGCUACUCUGGAGAAACCCGCAGAAAAGACACCGGCCCACGAUGUCAACGGCGAGGUGGACAUCGUGAGCCACAACUCAUACCCCGUCAAGUCCUACUGGCAGAAGUUGGCACCCUUUUCCAACGGGACCGGCUUUACCCGGCAGUUCCUCAAGGGGGUCAUGGGGCCUGCGGUCAUGCUUCAGUUUCCCACCGUCGUCUUUUCCGGGUUCAUCUACGGAUGCUAUCUCUGCUGGUUUGCGUUGGUCAAUGCAACCGUGAGCCUGAUUUUUGCCUCACCUCCGUACAGCUUCAAGGCUGAUAUUGUCGGACUGACGUACAUCGCCGAGGUCAUCGGAACGAUGCUCUCUGCUUACGGCGCCGGAACGGUGGCCGAUAUGUUGAGCAUUCGCCUGGCUAAGAGAAACAAGGGCGUCUUGGAACCAGAGUUCCGACUCUGGCUGUUCGCUGCCGGCUGCAUCCUGACGCCUCUGGGAAUCUUGCUGUAUGGCGUGGGAGCCGCCCACGGCAUCAGCUGGGUGGGCCUGGUCUUCGGUAUGGCCUUCAUUGGGUUCAUGAGUCCAGCCUCGGGUUCCAUCGUAGUCAGCUAUGUUGUCGACUGCUGUGGCGAGCUCAGCGGAGAAGCCAUGACCACGGUCGUUCUGAUCCGUAAUACGAUGAAUUUUGGAUUCAACUAUGGCGUUACUCCCUGGUUAGAUCAUUCCGGCUACCAGAACACCUUCAUUGUCGCGGCAGUGUUGGCUCUGGUCACCACCUUGUCGUUCCUCAUCAUGAUUAAGUGGGGGAAGCAGUCCAGAAAACUUACUGCCAAAUUGUACUGGAGACGUAUGAGGAAAGGGAACCAUAUCUAG